GCCCGUCAGUCAACCGUCGAACGCUGUCGGGCACAGCCGCAUUGGCUAUUUGCUCCUACUGUUUUUGUGUUGUAUAGUAUUAAAAUUGUUUUUUAUAAAGACGUAUUGGUUUUAACGUAUUGGUUGUAUCCAUGUCGGUGAAUUGGGAAUAGAAUAGGUCGAAAUUUGUUGGGCUCUAAAGUGCGUUACCAUCAUGACGAGCGUUUACCUGUCGAUUUGAAAGCAAUUGAAAUUCAGAAAAAUUGAUUGGGAAAACUUGAAUUGAAGAGAAUUCCGCAAGAAAAAGAAAAAUAAUUCAAUUUAUUUAUCUAACGAAAAGAAAGUUUUGAUUAUCAUCUCAACAUUCUAAUUUGGAUCAGUGAUGGAUUGUAAACGCCAUCGUUGCCGGUUAACGUCUUUAUCGGACGCAGUCCCGCAAUGCAACAUCUUCUUGCUACUAGCGGCCGUUCUGGUUUGCACGAGCCAGGCCAUUCCUGUCGGCAUGCCACAGAUUGCUGACAUGGCGUCCAUCGGCUCGUCGGGUUUCUCUUGCGAGGGCAAAGUCAUCGGUGGUUAUUACGCCGAUAUCGCUAGCAAAUGUCAAAUGUUUCACGUUUGCACGCUCGGACAAGAAGGAGAAAUACAAGAUAUCAAGUUCCUUUGCCUGGCCGGGACCGUUUUCGAUCAAGAAACGAGGGUGUGCGAGAGAGUCGACGAAGUGGACUGUGCCAACUCGGAAGCCUUUUACAAUCUCAAUUUAGACCUCUACGGGCAACACGGCCUCAUCCUUCAGACGGGCCGUAAAGUGCCGUCGGGCGAGGCAGGCUCUUUCGCCGACGAGCACAAUGUCCAGCAGACGGACACGUUCUACGAUUACGCCGAUUACGAUGAAGUAGUGCCCGUUACGUCGACUGCCACUUCAACUUCGACUGAAACAAUGGUGAUGACGUCAUCAGAGGCACCAGCAACAGAAGCAACAACAACAACAACAACUACCACAACCACAACAACCGAUCCACCGACGUCUCCAAUCAUCCUAGAAUUACCGUUAAUUUCGUUUUCGAAGCCGCCAAAUGAAUUAUCUUCUUCGACUUUAUCGCCCCCGAUGAUUCACUCCACAACGGAAUUGAACAAACAGCCGGAAGCUCCUCCUGCGCGACGCCCAAGUGACAUCGCCGAGGACGAGGACGUCUUGAGGUUGUUGGGUCAAAUCGAAGCCGACGUUCCGCGAAUUCCAUUUUUCGGUAAAUCUUCCAGCGGAAGCCGCAGCGUUUUCCAUCCGCGCAUUAGGAGGGACACCGUGGAAUCUUCUUCUUCUACUCCGGGGCCGAGAAGAAACAGGACCAGAAGACCUGGAACAGGACGUCGGGGCUACAAUUCGACGACGCUACGCUACUCCACUGAAACGGUAUCGACUCCAUCACCGAUUCCGGUUGAUAACACAGGGCCGUUCACCUGCAUCGGCCGUAUUAAUGGUGGCUUUUACGCUGACGUGUCCAGCGGCUGCAGACGAUUCUAUACCUGCGGGGUUGGGAAAAAGAACAGAGUGGUGUCGCACGCUUUUACGUGUGGUGUUGGGCUACUCUUUGACCAGGCGACAUUGACAUGUCAAGACAUUGAUAAAGUGGAUUGUUCCUUAUCACCGAAUUUCUUCUAUCUAAACGAUCCUGCUCUCCGCCCAGCCGUCACAGAACCAACAGUCACGGAUACGUUUCGAUCGUUGAAAACGACUACACCUCCUCCUGAAACAACAUCCUAGAAUUUUCGAAUUUUUCUUGUAUAGAAUAAAAAGUCUUAAACAUUUGUUGUGACCAUUCGUCGGAUUGAUUAGUCUUGUGCCAUUGAUUUCCAAAUAUCAAGAAUACAUUCCUAUCAUAG